UGGAGCCUUCUCAUGUGGCUGAUGCAAACCUGGAGAAUUUGCAUCAUCAUUAAGCUGGAAUAAGUUGGUGUGACAGGCAGGAGCUUAAAUACCAGCCCCUGAGGAAGCUGAGCUGGUCUGUAAUCAUAGGGCGGUAGCAGCAGCCGCAGCAGCAGAGGUAGUCUGAGGUGGUGGAGGAGCGGGAGCACCAUGAACACACAGGUGUUUCCUGAGGAGUAAUUAGAUAGCUGUGAAGGAGAAAAUACACCUUUGAGUUCCUACCUGUGAACACAAUAGCGCUGAAAGAGACAGUCUGAAAGCAGAGAGGAAGAGGUUUGGUCAGUCCCACCAAGAGACACAAAGUUGAAAGUUUGGGGUUUUUAUUUUUAUUUUUUUUUCCUCCAUUUCAUUUUUCCUGUGUGUCACUACAAUGGUCAGAAAGCCUGUCGUGUCCACCAUCUCCAGUGGAGGUUACCUGCAGGGGAAUGUUAAUGGGAAGCUGCCUUCCUUGGGUGGCAAGGAGCCCCCUGGGCAGGAGAAAGUGGUGCUGAAGAAGAAAAUCACUUUGCUGAGGGGCAUCUCCAUCAUCAUUGGCACCAUCAUUGGAGCAGGAAUCUUCAUCUCUCCCAAGGGCGUGCUCCAGAACACGGGCAGCGUGGGCAUGUCUCUGAUUAUCUGGACAGUCUGUGGGGUCCUGUCACUAUUUGGAGCCUUGUCUUAUGCUGAGUUGGGAACAAGUAUAAAGAAAUCUGGUGGUCAUUAUACAUACAUCCUGGAGGUCUUUGGCCCAUUACCAGCUUUUGUACGAGUCUGGGUAGAACUGCUCAUAAUACGCCCUGCAGCCACUGCUGUGAUUUCUCUGGCCUUUGGACGCUACAUUCUGGAACCCUUUUUUAUUCAAUGUGAAAUUCCUGAACUUGCAAUCAAGCUCAUUACAGCUGUGGGCAUAACUGUAGUGAUGGUCCUAAACAGCAUGAGUGUCAGCUGGAGUGCCCGGAUUCAGAUUUUCCUAACCUUUUGCAAGCUCACAGCAAUUCUGAUAAUUAUAGUCCCUGGAGUUAUGCAGCUAAUUAAAGGGCAAACACAUCACUUUAAAGAUGCCUUCUCAGGAAGAGAUGCGAGUAUUAUGGGGUUGCCACUGGCUUUUUAUUAUGGGAUGUAUGCAUACGCUGGCUGGUUUUAUCUCAAUUUUGUUACUGAAGAAGUGGAAAAUCCUGAAAAAAACAUCCCCCUUGCCAUAUGUAUAUCCAUGGCCAUCGUCACCGUUGGCUAUGUGCUAACAAAUGUGGCCUACUUUACGACCAUUAGUGCUGAGGAGCUGUUGCUUUCCAAUGCAGUGGCGGUGACCUUUUCUGAGCGGCUACUGGGAAAUUUCUCAUUAGCAGUUCCGAUCUUUGUUGCCCUCUCCUGCUUUGGCUCCAUGAAUGGUGGUGUGUUUGCUGUCUCCAGGUUAUUCUAUGUUGCGUCUCGAGAGGGUCACCUUCCAGAAAUCCUCUCCAUGAUUCAUGUCCGCAAGCACACUCCUCUGCCAGCUGUUAUUGUUUUGCACCCUUUGACGAUGAUAAUGCUCUUCUCUGGGGACCUCUACAGUCUUCUGAAUUUCCUCAGUUUUGCCAGGUGGCUUUUUAUUGGGCUGGCGGUUGCUGGGCUGAUUUAUCUUCGAUACAAACGCCCAGAUAUGCAUCGUCCUUUCAAGGUGCCGCUGUUCAUCCCAGCUUUGUUUUCCUUCACGUGUCUCUUCAUGGUUGCCCUUUCCCUGUAUUCGGACCCAUUUAGUACAGGAAUUGGCUUCAUCAUUACUCUGACUGGGGUUCCUGCAUACUAUCUCUUUAUUAUAUGGGACAAGAAACCCAAGUGGUUUAGAAGAAUGUCAGAUGGAAUAACAAGAACAUUGCAAAUAAUACUGGAAGUUGUACCAGAAGAAGAUUGUCGUAAAUUAUGAAUUAAUGCAUCUGAAAUCUUGGCAAUCUAUUCUUGGCCUUGUGUCUGCCCAGAGGGCUGAAACAAAAUGUGCAUCUUCAGGCAUUUUAUGAAAAUCCAGAGGAUUGCAACUUUGGUGAUGGACUAAAGGAAUCAGUUGUUGCUAUUCAUAUCUUUUAAUGUGUUUAAGCUGGUUUCUAAGAAAUUUAGUUAUAACUCCAGGUAGUAACUGAAAGCAGAUGUGUUAUGCAAGUAUUCAAUGAGUUCACAUGAUUUUGGAAGUUCUGAUACCUACGUGAAGUGAGAGGAAAAAGACUACCAAGUGAACAAUUCCUUUAGUGAUCUUUAUAACAUAUCUCAUCAUGAACACUGAGAUGUUUUCUGUGUAUAUGGCUUUUAUAGAAAUAAUUUUUAUAUACUGUAGAUGACUAUACUGUGAAAAGUGUUUUCUGCUCUUCUGGGGGGAAAAUUGUACGUCAUCAUUCUGAACUGAGGAAAGAAAGAAAUACAUUUUAUGUUGGCAUUGCAUUGCUUCCUCUUAGACACCAACUUAGAUAUCACUCAUCUUUUACUGCAUUACACCCAGAGCAUUCUGAACAAAUGACAGAGAGAAAAUGCCUAAUUUUAAUGAAUACAUUAAAGAAGAGCUUCCAGUGGCUAUUGUUUAUGAGAAAAAUCCAGGAAUUUUGUCUAAAAAUUCCAGUAAUUGAUUAUGUUAAGUUUUUUGUUUUUUUUUUUGCUCUUUAUCAGGAAAACCCACUUUGUUUUCAUGGCAGCCCACUUGAUCAUGAAAGGAUGUAACAUCUUUCUUAGAGAAAGCAAUAGUCAAUUUGUUAUUAAAGCCUCUUAAGCACAAUCAUUUGUUUCCCUAAAACUUACCCCUUAAUAAUAUAGCUAAAAAUAUGCAUUUUUAAAUCUUCAAAUUGCAAUUUCCUUAUAAGACAGAAAUCAACAAGAAAGAGAAUACCCAAAAUAUUAUGCCCAACCCUAUAAUCAUAUCUAUUUGCAGUGUUAGUGAUUAUGAACAGUUUUUAAUCUCAUAGCUAUUUUUACAUGGUAAUAAAUUUUGACAGUUUGUACAUUUCCUUUAUAUAUUUUAUAUUCUGUUAAAAUAGCUCUUCGGAUGAAACUGUCCAGAUUAAUUAGGAAAAGGCAUAUAUUUACAUAAAAAUUGAGGAAGAAAUGUCACUGCUAAAUAAGAUUUACAACUGAUGUUUCUAAAAAUUUUCCACUUCUUUAUCUUAGUUUUGUCAGUUAUUUCCUCACCUUAAUUAUCAUUCAGCUUGCAAAAGAGAUAACUGGUAACAAAUUCACUAAAAGAAGGAGAAAUGUGUGUGUGUAUUCAGACAGGUGUUUUUAUGCUACAUUUAGAAAAUAUUGUGGAAUUUUCAAAUAGGGUAAUAUAAUGAUGGAAUGUGUAAACCAUUAUUUACAUACAUCUAAGAUCAAAUAGUCAUACCAGAGUAUGUUUCAUCCUCUAAUUUUAAAAGUAACAAUUUUUGAAAGAACUACACUGAUUAAAAUCAUUGAGCUGAUACAGAGUUCAUAGAAAAUUGACCAAAGCAGAAAUGAUGAUUUAUAAUUUGAGGCAAUUCCAAGUCACUAAUUUCAGUUUUUGCUCUUGAUAACAUUUAAUACACAUCCAAGAUUGACAUUGUUUUCAGCCAAACCUGGUGUUUGGGUCUUUAAGUGAAUUCAUAAAAAUUUCUUCCCUUUUCUCUUACCAUCUGGUUUUCAAAUUUGAUCUGUAGUCUCUGCUUCUUAUAUCCAUUUGUCUGUAUCUCUUGCCACUCUGUUGCUGAGGUAGAAAUUGGUUGUGUUUAUAUUCCUUUUUUUUUUUUUUUUAACCGUCUAAGCCCAUGUAAUAUAAACCAGAAAACUCUUCUUAAGGGUUUUUAUGGGUUUUGUUUGUUUUUUGGUUGUUUGUUUUGUCUAAAAAAAAAAAAAGAAUAGUAAGAUCACAUGGAGAGGUUUACAUAGUUCUUGAUUAUUUCUGAGAAUUAUGUGCUUAUAACCACAGUGACAGAUAGGUCUCAUUUUAUUUUGUUAUUUUUUGUUUUAAUUUCUUUUCAAAUAUAACAUCAUAAGAGCUAAUUAGCAUGCAUUUCAUUAUUUUUCCCAUCAUUUUAAAAAAUUAUUUUUUCAUUGUUAAAUUUCUAAUGCUACUAUAAUUUUUAACCCGACAGUAACUAUUUUUUUGUUUUAAAGAUUUUAUUUAUUUAUUUGACAGAGAGAGAGAUCACAAGUAGGCAGAGA